UGGGUGAUGCGUGCUGUCGAGCGCCAGAUGAUGGCUGUUGCACGAAUGGAAUUCACUCCUGUUGCUUCAUCUCUUUGGGCAGCCCUGGAUGAUGCUAUCUGCCUUAAAGACUGUGAAAUCUACAGUUAUAAUCCAGACCUGACCUCUGACCCUUAUUCUGAGGAUGGUUGCCUUUGGUCUUUCAAUUACUUCUUUUACAACUCUCGUCUCAAACGCAUUGUGUUCUUCACGUGCCGGUCCGUCUCACAGUACUGUGGAUCCCCUCAUGACUCUGGCCUCAUUGGGGACUCCAGCAUGGAUUUUGAAGAUGACUAUUGAAGAGAAGUUUGGUGCCAGAAUAGUCACUGGGCUCUACAGAUUUUUUUAUUUUAUUUAGAUUUGAUAUUCACAGGACAUCAAAGAAAGUGUGGCUUUACAUGGAAUUAACAUUUUAUUUUUUUCUUUCUUUCUUUCUUUUUCAGUUUUUUGUUUUUAUAAAAACAGAUACAAAGACUUGAGUCCAGAAUGCCAGUAAAUUGAUGGUCUAAGGUAUUUAAGAGAGGUUGAACCCUCUAUAUGUUAAAGAUAAUAUUCUUACUGUAUGAGUAAGAAUGUUAAAGAUACAUUUAUUUAGUAUAUAAAACUUUUUUAAUUGCUGUAUACACAUACAUUCAAUAUACAUUACAUACAUGCUUAUAACAUGAAGACAAGUAAAUGCCUUAUGAACUCUGAAGGUCAAUAUUAUCAGUAAUACUGAUGAAAGGUAAAACAGGACACUCCGUUUCUUUCAAAUCCAUUACUACGGUAAUGAGAAGUUUUGCAUAAGUAAUGUCAAUAACUUUUCUGUUCUAGUAGAACUAAUGUCAUUAUUCCUUUUUGCUGAAUAAUUUGCUUCUUGUGGUAGAAUUGUACAGAAAUGUUUAUUUUAUUUUGUUUGGCGUGUAGAUAAAUAACAGCUUAUUUUUUGCCCACGAAAUACUUGCUGGACUGUUCCUUUCAAAGGAAUUAUGUCAGGUUGUUAGAUGAGGAUGUCUAGGUGUGGUACUGUUUGUUAGUACUAUUACUAUCAUUUUUGGUUUAAAUGUAGACACAGUGGUGAAGGUUCUGUUAACAUUUCUGUAUAGCCUAAUUUUUAUAGAUGCUGUAAUAACAAAUGAGAUUUAGUUCUAGGUUAUAAAUAGGGAAGCAUUUGGUAUCAAGUAUUCUUUUAUAUGCAAAUCUUGUGUUUGUUAUAUGUUUUAUUUUGAAAUGCAUUAUCCUGAAGUGUUUUUAAUAUCAUAAAGGGAAUUUUUUGAGUUUCCUUAGUAGAGAAUAUAUGUUUGUAGCAGGUGUGUUACAGUAUUGUAAUAGACGCAUUUUAGUUUGAAACAACUUCAAGUAUAUAUGCUGGAUAUUUUUUUCUUUAUGCACCUGGUGUAUAAAGAGGCUAACAUGUUACUUUAUAUUUAUGCAUAAGGUAUUAAGAAAAGGGAAAACUUUAGAGUUGAUAGUAGCUUGUAAUUUAUUAUCAUUAUUAUUAGCAUAUGAGGGCUAGUCACAAAAAAGUAAAGUACAAAAAAAUAUAACCAUCAUAUCUAAUAUAGAUUGUGAGAGAGACCCUCUACAUUAUUUGCCAUAGUAUUAGAAGUGCAAAAGAUGCCAUGUAUUCUAUAGCAGUAUAAUACACAUUUAUUUCUAUGAGUGGAGCCUGUUGUUAUAUGUAUAAUUUUUUUCUCUUUAAUGUCUGCUUGAUAAAAUGGCUUGUAAUUUGGAUGGAUGUAUUUUUCAGCGCAUACACUAAUUGUAUAUACUGAUAUAUCUUGAAUUUGGUACCUGCAAGUCAAAUAUGACUUAGAAGAAUCUGUGAAAUUAUUUAUUUAAUUAUUGAAAACCAGUGAAGAUAAUGUUGAUUUUCACCCCUAGAAAUCUGGGUGAUGGCAUGUACUUAAUGGUUUUGGAAUGUGAAAGGCUAAUAGUAUAAGGUUAAAGUAAUAUUUUAGUAUAUAGAUGGAAAAAAAGAGAAAGACAAUUGUUUCUCAUCAUCAUAAGGAAAACUGAUUCAUACUAAUGUUUCCAAUUAAAAGUCAAUUUUUAUUUUGUACAAUAGAAUAAGUAUUUUUAUGUAAACACUUCAUAAGCAAGGAAACAUUAUCAUACUGAUUAGGAAAAAUGUUUUCCUAGGCAGAAGGUUGAUUUGGUACUUGGAUAGGCUAGGUUAGUGCCAAUGAAAAUCUUACAAGAAAACAAACAAGAAAGUAGAAAUGCAGUAUUUGCCAAACGGAAAAAAGCACUUUGCCAGAAAGUACCAUGUAUUUGGCACAUAUAACUCGGGGAAAAAAGUAUGCAGGGGAGCAGACAAACCUUUAUAUUCAGAUAUUCAAUGCUGCCUCCUUUGCCGCAUGUAUAGAGAAACUCAUAAAUGCCUGCUGGAAUUUCAGUACAUAUAAAAAAGAAAUACAUGGACACUGCCCAGGUCAGUUCAUCAGGCAUGCUUUAUAUUUAUUCUCAUAUUACACCAAGUAUAAUAGUUUAAGCAUUUUGUUUUCUCCCUUCAUCCUGACCAGUGUACACAUGUAUGAUAUAACUUUUAAGAUAUACACAUUCAUAAACUUCAGUGAUGCCAAUUAACUCAUUAAAUGUCUCAUGUGUAGUCUUGAUGUCACCUUCCAUUGUGCAUAUAUUUCUCUUUUAAAUCAUAUCAGCAAAAACCUUUAUACACUGUCCAUAUUUGAGGAGUCUAUUUGAUUUGUUUUGUUUGUAUGGAAAUACCUGUCCACAGCACAAACAGGAUGGGUGAAAACAUAUAUUUUUAUGUAGUACUGCAAGAAUCUUAAUAACCCAAAUAAAAAAACAAAAAGCUCA